AUGGAAGCAGCUAAUGCCAACAUAGAACAUGCUGCACAAAUUGAGUACAGAUUGAGAAACAUGAAUUCUCAAUCUCCUCCUUCAUGGGGAUCUCAAGACUUUGAUCUUUAUAAAGAUGCUAGGAAUGCAUCUUUUUAUGUAGAACAUAAUCCAAUGACAAAAAACAAGAAUCGUGGUUGGGAUUCAGCAAAUUCUUCUAGGGAUGGAUUUAUUCUGCAAAACUCUACAUCAUCGGGUGCCUCACAAGAGGUUAAUAAGAUUGUCUCACCAACAAACGAAAAGCAAGACACAGUUGAAUCUUGUACACAAGAUGCACAUAGUGAUUCAUCUAAUAACAAGGGUUCUGCAUCAGAAACAGACACUAAGCGUGCUAAGCAGCAAUUUGCUCAACGUUCUCGGGUGCGAAAGCUUCAAUACAUAGCAGAAUUGGAAAGGAAUGUACAAGCUUUACAGGCAGAAGGCUCUGAGGUAUCUGCUCAACUAAAGUUUCUAAACCAGCAAAGUCUUAUUCUGAACAUGGAGAACAAAGCACUGAAACAGCGGUUAGAGAAUUUGGCUCAAGAGCAACUUAUCAAGUACUUGGAACAUGAAGUUCUAGAGAGAGAGAUUGGCAGGCUGAGAGGGCUGUAUAAACAACAGCAACAACCAGCAUCCGAAGAGUCGAUUAUUAUGCAUCAGCGAACCAACAGUAGAGAUAGUGUGGAAUCUCAGUUUUCAAAAUUAUCUUUGAAAAACAAGGAAGUGGGCCCACUUCGCAUCUGAAAAACAAACGUGUUUUUUGUUGUAUCUUUUGAGUUGACUAAUCUCAUUCUGAAGCUGACCAACAAAAUGUCGGCUCUAUAGCAAAUGGUAAACUGUUUGCGGGAUGAGGCCCUGGCCCCUGGGUGGUACCUUUUUUCUGCCUGUUUUUUGGGAGGUUAUGUGUGCUUGUUUAUGUGUAUGUGUAUGUGAAUGUGGAUGUGGAUGUGGAUGUGUAUGUUUAUGUGUAUGUGUAUGUGGGUGGUUUUAUUGUGUUAAGCUAAUUUAGCAACAUACUUGCGCCUAGUGGUCUCACUGGAGCUAGUGGUAACUAUGGGAAUAUGGGGUGGUUUGUUUCCUCCUAAUUGUCAUUUAUUUGGGGAUUCCUUUCAAACAUUUUGUAAUGAUUAUUCAUCUCUUAAUGUUAAUUUUAAGACUCUUGAUGUAGC